AUGCUUCAUUGGGUCGCUAGGUUUCAAGGUCAAGUCAUCGAAAGUUUCGAGAUUUCUAUCUACAUUCCUUCGGAGUUUCUGGCGGAGAUCGAGUCACUGGUGGAAUUCGCCGUAGAGAAAAAUGUUCAGAACUUAGUUCUUGAUUUCUCGCACCCUGCUUGGAGAACAUACAAUGAUGCAUCAAUGAAUGGCAUUGUUGUUAAGUUGCCUGCAUGCGUCUACGAUUUAGCAACCCUCGUGUCACUGAAGAUUUACUCGUGCAAGUUUGACCUCUCUGAGAUUCGCAAAUCCGAGGAUCUGUAA